CCACACAUUCACACACACACACGCACACACACACACACACACUCACACAAGGACACUGGCCAGAGGAUUGUACAGCUACCUGGAACAUUUGGAAGGAACUUUUUACAAUUUUCAGCUGUUAAACGACAACCGCAAGAAUACCAAGGUCAGGGGAAGCAACACCAUUAACCAAGUUCUGUCGAAGGGUCAUGAGGACUCGAAACGUCAACUCUUUUCUUCUCCGCCGAUGCUGCCAGACCUGCUGAGUUUUUCCAGACGGGCCUUAUGAGAGAGAGGGGGAGAACGGCAGCAGGACCAGCACAAUGACAUCGGCCACCGAUUUUGAUAACGUGGAGAUCCAGCAGCAGUACAGCCACAUCAACGCUCGCUGGGAACUCUCGGAUGAAGGUGAACUCGACAACGACAACAGCUCAGCAAGGUUGUUCGAGCGCUCCAGGAUCAAAGCCCUUGCAGACGAACGUGAAGUUGUGCAGAAGAAAACCUUUACGAAAUGGGUGAACUCUCACCUGGCGCGGGUAACCUGCCGCAUAACGGACCUGUACACCGACCUCCGGGAUGGCCGUAUGCUGAUCAAACUGCUGGAAAUUCUCUCCGGGGAGCACCUGCCAAAACCAACCAAAGGUCGGAUGCGGAUACAUUGCUUGGAAAAUGUGGACAAGGCUCUUCAGUUUCUGAAAGAACAGAAAGUGCACCUGGAAAACAUGGGCUCCCACGACAUUGUUGACGGGAGCCACAGGCUUACCCUCGGCCUCAUCUGGACCAUCAUCCUUCGUUUCCAGAUUCAGGAUAUCACCAUGGAGACACAUGACAGCCAUGAGACUCGGUCAGCAAAGGAUGCUCUCCUGCUUUGGUGUCAGAUGAAAACAGCAGGGUACACCAAUGUAAACAUCAGAAACUUCACAUCCAGCUGGAAGGACGGAAUGGCAUUUAAUGCCCUGAUCCACAAACACAGGCCUGAUCUGGUUGAUUUUAACAAACUGAAACAGUCUAAUGCCACAUACAACUUACAGCAGGCCUUCAACAUCGCCGAGCAGCAACUGGGUGUGACCAAACUGCUUGAUCCUGAGGAUGUUUUUACAGAGAAUCCGGAUGAGAAGUCAAUCAUUACCUACGUGGUGGCAUUUUACCAUUACUUCUCUAAGAUGAAAGCAUUAGCGGUGGAGGGGAAAAGGAUUGGGAAGGUGUUGGACAAUGCAAUUGAAACCCAGAAGAUGAUUGACAAGUAUGAACAAUUGGCAUCAGACCUGCUAACAUGGAUCGAGCAAACCAUCAUUCUCCUCAACAGCCGGAAGUUUGCCAACUCAUUGACUGGAGUGCAGCAGCAACUGCAAGCCUUCAAUACCUACCGCACAGUGGAGAAACCUUCCAAGUUCCAGGAGAAGGGUAACCUCGAGGUGCUGCUAUUCUCCAUCCAGAGCAGGAUGAGAGCAAACAAUCAGAAAGUGUACACUCCGCACGAGGGCAAGCUCAUCUCCGAUAUCAACAGGGGCUGGGAACGGCUGGAGAAAGCAGAGCACGAGCGUGAGCUGGUCCUCAGAAAUGAACUGAUCAGACAGGAGAAACUGGAGCAGCUGGUCCGUCGCUUUGACCGCAAGGCCCUUAUGAGAGAGACGUGGUUGUGUGAAAAUCAGAGGCUUGUCUCGCAGGAUAACUUUGGCUAUGACCUGCCUGCUGUGGAAGCGGCCAUGAAGAAGCAUGAGGCAAUUGAGGCAGACAUCGCUGCUUAUGAGGAACGUGUGCAGGCCCUUGUGGAUGUGUCAAAGGAGCUAGAGGCUGAAAAUUACCAUGAUGUUAAACGUAUUAAUGCCAGAAGGGACAACAUCAUGCGACUGUGGGAGUAUCUGUUGGAGCUGCUUAAUGCUCGCCGAGCAAGGCUGGAAAUGAACUUGGCUCUUCAGAAGAUUUUCCAGGAGAUGCUUCACAUCAUUGAUUGGAUGGACGAAAUGAAAGUACAACUGCUAUCACAGGAUUUUGGUAAACAUCUAAUGGGUGUAGAGGACCUGCUUCAGAAACAUACACUGGUGGAAGCUGACAUCGCGAUUCAGGCAGAUAGACUGAAGUUGGUCAACGCAGGGGCACUCAAGUUUGCUGAAGGAGAAGGUUAUACCCCUUGUGAUCCCAAUGUGAUCAAGGAUCGUGUCAACCACCUGGAACUGUGUUAUGAGGAGCUGUGUGUCCUGGCGGCUGAGCGGAAAGCUCGCCUGGAGCAGUCCUGUCGCCUCUGGAGGUUCUUCUGGGAGAUGGCCGAGACCGAGGGCUGGAUCCGAGAAAGAGAGCAGAUCUUCUCGUCGCAAGAUUAUGGGAAAGAUAUCACCAGCAUUGUGAUCCUGCAGAGCAAGCACAAGGCACUCGAGGAUGAGCUGGGUGGCCUCAGCACGCACCUGCAGCAGACAGUGAAGGAAGGCAGGGGCAUGAUUGCAGAGAAGCACUUCGCUUCGCCCGAGAUCCAGAAGCGAAUAGACGAGGUCCUUGCGAUGUGGAAGGAUUUGGAGGAGCUGGCCGCUUUCCGCAAGCAAAAUCUCCUGGACGCACAAAACUUCUUCCAGUUCCAAGUGGAUGCCGACGACGUCAAAACCUGGCUGCAGGACACUUAUCGCAUCGUGUCUUCGGACAACGUGGGUCAUGACGAAUUUUCAACGCAGACGCUGGCGAAGAAGCACAGGGACCUGACGGAUGAAAUCAUGAAGUCCGGGACAGCCAUUGACCUGCUGAAUAAACAACUGCAGAGCCUCCCAGAGGAGUUCAGGAAGCUGCCAGAAAUAAGGGACCGGCAGCAGGAGAUUGCGGAGCUAUAUGCCGACCUCGUAGCUCUAUCGGACCUGCGGAGGCAGCGUUUGCAGGAUGCCCUUGCCCUUCACAUAAUGUUCAGUGAGGCCGACGCGUGUGAGUUAUGGAUGAACGGGAAAGAGAAGUGGCUGGAGGGAAUAGAGAUUCCAAAGAAACUCGAGGAUCUGGAAGUAGUGGAACACAGGUUUGAAAUCCUGGAACAGGAAAUGAACAAUUUGGGAUCUCAGAUCGCUGAUGUAAACCAUGCAGCUAACCACCUGGUAGAGAGUGGCCACCCCAGUACGCAAGAAAUUAAAGAAUGUCAGGAUCAUGUGAACCGCAGAUGGCUGAUGUUCCAGAAGUUGGUGGAGAUCAAAAAGAACAACAUAGACUCGGCGUUGAGUCUUCAGAAUUAUUGUCUUGAGUGUGAUGAGACCAAAGCCUGGAUCCAUGAGAAAACCAAACUCAUUGAAUCAACCCAGGACUUGGAAAAAGACUUGGUCGGUGUCCUGGCCAUUCAGCGCAAGUUGUGUGGAAUAGAGAGGGAUCUGGCUGCCAUUGAAUCAAGGCUUCCAGAGUUGCAGAAGGAGGCCCAUGCAUUGGCAGAUGAGCACCCCAAGCAUGCUGCAGAUAUCUUGAAUAGGCUUAAGGAAAUCAAUGAUGUUUGGGAUGAACUAAAACACACUCUUCAAGGUCGUGAGGAGUCACUUGGGGAGGCCAGCAAACUGCAGAAGUUCCUGCAAGAUUUAGAUGAUUUUCAGUUGUGGCUGUCCAAAUCCCAAAAAGCUAUUGCUUCUGAAGAUGUGCCAAACUCCUUACCUGAAGCAGACGCUCUCCUCGGGCAGCACAAUGCAAUAAAAAAUGAGAUAGAUCGCUAUGAGGAAGAUUACCAGAAGAUCAGAGAUACUGGAAAAAUGAUAACGCAGGAAGAAACCGACCCACAGUUUCAAAUAUUAGAGCAGCGUUUAAAAGGACUGGACACUGGUUGGAAUGAGCUUCAUCAGAUGUGGGAAAACAGAAAGGAUCUUCUCUUUCAGUCUCACGGAUAUCAGCAGUUCCUCAGGGACAGCAAACAAGCAGGUGGCAUUCUCAGCAAUCAGGAAUACAAUUUAGCGCACAUUGAAAAGCCAAACACACUGGAAGCAGCUGAAGCUGCUAUCAAGAAACACGAGGAUUUUGUGACAACUAUGGAAGCCAAUAAGGAAAAAAUCUCUGGGACGAUAGUUGAAGGAGAAAAGCUCAUUCAUGAUGGAAAUAUUUUUAAGGACAAGGUGCUCGACAAGGUCAAAUCUAUUGAUGAAAGGUACAAAAAGAAUACAAAACAGGCAAAAGAGGUGGCUGCACAUCUAAAAGACAACCGUGAUCUUCAGCAUUUCCUGCAGAAUUGCCAAGAGCUUAUUUUCUGGAUCAAUGAGAAGAUGUUGACAGCGCAGGACACCUCUUACGAUGAGGCCCGCAACCUUCACACAAAAUGGCAGAAACACCAAGCGUUCAUGGCCGAGCUGGCAUCAAACAAAGAGUGGCUGGACAAAGCGGAAAAGGAAGGGAAACAGCUGAUUGACGAGAAGCCGGAGUUUAAGCCAAUUGUCCUGGAGAAACUGACAGAACUGUCCGAUUUGUGGAAAGCUUUGGACAUGACCACUAAUAAGAAGGCAGAGCGUCUAUUCCAUGCAAACCGGUCAGAGCUGUUUGCACAGACCUAUGAUGACCUAAACAAGUGGAUGUCUGAUUUGGAGUUACAGCUGCGUUCUGAAGACUUUGGAAAGGACCUGACUAGUGUCAACAUCUUGCUGAAGAAACUACAGGUGUUAGAAAAUCAAAUGGAGGUGCGUCAGAAAGAGGUGGAGGAGCUUCUCUCCCAGCCCAGGAUUCCCUCCCAAGACGGACAGAUGGAGACAAACGGGAAAGAAAAAGAUAUAGAGGGUAGAUUCUUAGAGCUGAUGGGUCCUCUGCAGGAACGGCGCCAAAAGCUGCUCAUGUCGAAGAUGACUUACCAGUUUUAUCAUGACCUGAAGGACGAGAUUCUUUGGGUGCAGGAACGAAUGCCAUUAGCUACAAGUACAGACCAUGGCCACAACCUCCAGACAGUCCAGCUGUUAAUGAAAAAGAACAAGACCUUUCAGAAGGAGAUCCAAGGGCAUCAGCCACGUAUUGAUGAUGUGUUGAAAAGAGGAGCAACAAUGAUUGUGGAGCAAAGGCCAGAUUCGGGCACGAUCGAGGAGCAGUUGGGAGAGUUAAAGGAAUUGUGGGGCAAACUGCAGGACGAAGCAGAGAAAAGACAAAAACGUCUGGAAGGUGCAAAUGAAGCUCAGCAAUAUUACCUGGAUGCUGCAGAGGCUGAAGUUUGGAUGAGUGAACAGGAGCUGUACAUGAUCGCUGAUGAAAAAGCCAAGGAUGAAGCUGGUGCAACUGCAAUGUUGAAGAAACAUCUAAUUCUGCAGCAGGCUGUACUAGAUUAUGGGAAGAUUAUCCAAGAGCUGGCAGACAGGGCCCAGAAACUACUUACUGAAGAGCACCCUGAAGGUGAGCAGAUAAUUAGGCGCCAGGGACAGGUGGACAAACUGUACGCAGGACUCAAAGACCAAGCAAAUGAGCGGAAUAAAAAAUUGGAGGACAUAUACCAUCUCUUUCAACUGAACCGUGAGGUAACAGAUCUGGAGCAGUGGAUUGCUGAAAGGGACCUUGCAGCAUCUUCACAGGAACUAGGACAAGACUAUGACCAAGUUACAUUGCUGAGGGAAAAGUUCCGCGAGUUUGCCCGGGAGACGGGAACAAUUGGCCAGGAAAGAAUGGACAGUGUGAACGUGCUGAUAGAUGACCUCAUUGACUCAGGUCAUUCAGAAGCGGCUGACAUUGCGGAAUGGAAGGACAGCUUGAACGAGGCCUGGGCUGACCUGUUAGAGCUGAUAGAUACUCGCACGCAGCUGCUGGCUGCCUCCUACGAGCUUCACAAAUACUUCUAUGAUGGCAAAGAGCUCCUGAGCCGGAUCCAGGAAAAGCACAAGGAGCUGCCAGAGGAGUUGGGCCGUGAUGCAAACACAGCAGAGUCUUUUCACAGAAAGCAUAAUUCAUUUGAACGCGAUAUUCAUUCCCUUGGAAUACAGGUUCAGCAGUUCCAGGAUGAUGCCGGCCGUUUGCAGACGGCGUACGCAGGGGAUAAAGCUGCUGCUAUCCAGAGACAAGAGCAGGAGGUGGUCGAGGCCUGGAAGGCACUUCUGGAUGCCUGUGACGGCCGGCGUACCCAGUUAGUUGACACUGCUGAGAAAUUCCGCUUCUUCAGCAUGGUCCGAGAUUUGAUGUACCUGAUGGAGAGCAUUAUCAGGCAGAUUGAAAUGGAAGAGAAGCCACGAGAUGUCUCUUCUGUGGAACUACUGAUGAAGUAUCACCAGAGGAUCAGAGCAGAGAUUGACGCCAGGAACAGGAAUUUCACUUUCUGCAUCGACCUUGGAAAGACAAUGCUAGCCCGCAAACAUCACGCUUCUGAGGAGAUUAAAGAAAAACUGGUACAACUCACAGAGAAAAGAAAAUCAAUGAUGGAUAAAUGGGACGAUCGCUGGUACCGGUUAUAUCUUUUGCUAGAAGUGUGUCAGUUUGCAAGGGAUGCUUCAGUUGCUGAAGCGUGGCUGAUCAGCCAGGAGUCCUACCUUAACAGCCGUGAUGUGGGUAAUAAUGUGGAUGAGGUUGAAAAGCUGAUCAAGAGACAUGAGGCAUUCGAAAAAUCAAUAGCCACUUGGGAAGAGAGGUUUGCUGCAUUGGAGAGACUUACAACUUUGGAGUUAUUGGAGAUCCGAAAACAACAAGAGGAUUUUAGGCAGAGUAUGGAGAUGAAACUACAGCCAGAUGCACGACCAGAUCAUGAUCGAUCACCACCAGACCAUGAUCGAAAACCACCUGGUCAAACGCCUGAGGAGAGGGCACAGGAAGAAAGAUGGAAGACGGAAGCCCAGGAGGCAGAAGACCCAACUCUUCCUGUAACAGAAGAACAAUCACUGAGCAGCCAGAGGAAAUUUCCAUGACCAUCACCUUUGGAUUGCUUUGUGUAGCAAUUCAGGGAAGGGAAAAUGAUACUGCAGCUUUAAAGAUCAUUUAUUUGAAGGUCGUUUGAGUCCAUCCAUACGACAAGAAGCUUUCUCUCAAAAACUAGUGGCUCAUAGCCCAUGUAUUCAUAAUAACACACCUGAUUAGUAUUCCUUGCAAGAGAUUAUGGAUGUUUGUGCCAUUCCAAAAGUGGUGUUGACCAAUGUACCUUAUGAAAGUAAUAUACUUUUGAUAGUGCGACAAAAGUGGAUUAUUUGGCAAAUGGGUGUGUUAUAUAAUGUUUGCCAAGCAGUUCAGUUUACUCAAAUUUUUCGUUCACCAUGGUGGAAAUGUCAUUGUAUUUGGUAAUUAGACUAGAGAAACCAAAAUUACUGUUGGAUCAAUACCCUUUGGACUCCCGCUCUCAGUCUGCCUUGCUAUGUCCUGCGUAACAGUCUGGUGUCUUGAGAUGGCUUUUGCUUAACCAACAUAAUCCUUGCUGCUUCUGCUUGAAUUUUGUUUGAAAAGUUAAUAUGACGUGGAUCAACAAAGACUUCAGAGAAGGUCAUAAUGCAAUUAAGACUAAAUGCAGGAGUUGCUAGCGGAAGAUUGCAGCUGUUAUUGGGAAGCUUAGUCAUCACUUUUUUUUAAGGUUCUAAAUUUCUUUUAUUGUACUUAUUUCCAUAGACAUUUAAGCAUCGGCAAUUGUAACCUCCACUUCAACACCAGGCUUGAGUUGCACUCCCACUUUAAUCAGUCAUCCAACUGCCCUGGUUAAGAGAUGUGGGACUUGAUUUUACAUUUGCUGUUAGCAUCAACCACGCCAUAAUGCCAAUUUUGAAUUGCGUCAUGAUGCAGUGUUGUUUGAUUUUAGCAAUUUGAGAGAGCUCAUUUGCACCGCUUUCUCAAAUGCUUAAAAUUACAUUUUUGGAUGUGGGAGAGAUCAGCAGUCUGUCAAUAACUCUGAGAGCAUGGGGGUGAGCUUUUCAACCCCUGAUAAAUUCAGUGAUCGGCGCUCCCACAGGGAAGCUGUUGGUCAGAGAUAGGGCUGCCACACUGCUGCCUUAAUUCUGUGAUCCACGUUGUCUAUAAGGGUAGCUUCUUGGUGGGUUGCUGGAUCAACCCAGUUUUAUCGUAUGGAGAAGGAAAGGCACUCAAACGCUAUUAGGGAUUCUUUUAUUUAAAAUGUCAAACCAACUUCCUGCAACAGGGGUCUGGUGCACUCUGGAUACGGAAUCAAAGUUAAUGGAUCAUUAAUGGAACUGUUGGGGUGAAGGCCUGCCUCAGUUUUUUUUGAAAGCAGAGUAGGGGUACAGUUUUGCAGGUGCUCCCUGCUUACCCACCGUAACUUUGACAGAAAAGCCGCCAAAGCCCAGUUUGUAAAAGUGGCAUAAAUGGGUUUUUAUGUUGCCCCCUUUGGAAUUCAUCCUGAAUCAGUACAGAGGCUUUUGUCAUUUCAAGUUCAUGUAUUGCAGCUUUGUGUACCUUGUGCCGAGUGGGACAAUGAUGAAAUAACAGCAGCUCCUUAAAUGCAUUUUCAGAAGGAAGACCCUUUUUUAUGACCAAAAGGGGGGAAUUGUAGCUGGCAGCUGGGAUUCACACGAGCUGGGGCAAGCGAAAAAUAUGGCUGCCGCUGGCAAGGUGGGCAGCGGGUUGUUUUAAUUCCCGAGCCUCACCUGCAUGUCCUAGAUCAGCUCCCCCGCCGGAAAUGGGUGGAAAGUGCCACGAGCUGGUGAGCGGAAGCCGAAAUUGAGACGGCAGGAGGCCACAAGCCGGCGCUAAAGCAAAAUUCGCCAAAAAGGAUGCCAGGUCAAGGGGAGGUGGUUCCAGAGGUAUCCUGUGAUAGGGGAAGGAGGGGAUGUGGGGGGGUUGCCUGGGAUAGGAGAAGCUAAACUUUCCCUGUACGGCCCACAGGGGUACUUCUGCUUUGUCCUGUCCCCACCAGGACACAAGUUCUGCUAAAUGGCAGCCUCUUCUGCUUUGGGUCCCAGUUCCUCUGCUGGCUUUCUUAGCCUGGCCAGAAAGCUGCAGUUCCUUCCAUGCUCAGGCCAGAGCUAAAUAUAUAGUUGGGGCACAAUAAUUUAAUUGGGACUUCAAUCUGCAUAUCUCAAGAAGGAUGCCACUGACUUUGGCAACUGCUCGGAAGAGCAGAUCAAAAUUCAAGACCAAAGUCAUGAGACAGUACGUGAGCAGGUAAGUCAUCCGUUCAAUUUUAAUGGUCCACCUGGCCAGUUUGCACCCAGCGGUUAGGGUUGAAAAGGUCCCUCCUGCCAAAAGGAAUAUUUUGCAAUUGAUGCUGCAGUGCCUUCCUCACAUCAUUCAGCGUCGGCGUCUCUUUCGGUGAGUCUGCCAGUUUGGUGCUAAUUAGUGACGGAUUUUAGACAGAAUGUGUUGUGUGUUGCGAAGGAGGUGAAUGGGCACCAUCCACACUUGCAUGAACUGGUUUUAUGGAAGCUGGAUUACUUCUCUUUACAUCAACUUUACUAGUAUUAGAAGAAUGAACCUAUGGAAAUGAAACAAUGUCCUGCUCUGCUGCAAAAACAACAACAACUUAAAUUUAUACAGCACCUUUAACUUAGUAAAAUGUCCCAGUAUAUCUCAGUAGAUGACAAUUUACUGUGAGGUAUUCACACACAGGAAUGCAAUGCAAACACACUAAUUGAAAGUGAUGCACAGAAGAAUUUCCAUCCAGUUUUUUUCCCUCUUUUCUGAUGCACUUCCUCCCCCCCCCACUCCCCACCCCCCUACUCCUCCUGCAGUGAAGGCAUUGACUUAUUGCUGACUAACUGGUCACCAAACUGACCAUUCUUAGGGUUUGAAGCUAGAUAAUAGGUGUUGGGCAUUGCAACCAAGCAUGAUGCUCUCCUCACCUGGUGUCCAUUCAGGUACACUUCCAGGCAGGCCACUGAAUGACAAUCAGGAGCAGCAAUGCUGGAAAUUCCUACAAGGCAGAGGAGGGAGACUAAUUUUUAUUUUACUUCAGACGUUUCUGAACGCAGUGUCGGUGUUCCAGGGAUGAGAUUAUGUGUGAGGAAAUUGAGGCGCUUUUAAAAAAUUUUUAUUCUAUUCCACAGCCAACAGAAUUCGGGAGAAAUCUAUUUGUUUUCCUCCCCUUAUUCUCUACCCUGAGCCACUGAGGUCAAUUUUCAUGAUGGCCAGACUGAAAUCAGCCAGAUCAGCGAUCAUUUCUGAUCAGGCCUUGGACUUGCUGAUUUGUACAGUUGUUGUUAUUCACUGCUUUAACCAGCUGUGCUAUCAUCAACCUCAUCAACAUCUUUCUCAUAAAAUCAUAUAUUGCAUUAAAAGCCUGUGAUUAAUUUUAAAUUCCCUUAUAUGCAACUGAGAGAGCAACCUUUGAUCCAGGAGGGAUUAGAAAGAUAUCAGAUUUUUGCUUUCAGAAGCUAGGAGUUACUUAUGAUGGAUAUGUAAUGAAUGACAAGUGAAAAUGUAUUUACCAUAAGGAAAAUUCAAUUCUUACUCAAGUUAAUGUAAUAUAAAAGGCCUUGAUGAUUAUUUCUUGGUUAUCAUUGAAUGAAUGCGGAGUGAUUCUGGCAUAAUUCUUCAAUGUGACCAUUGUCAGGCUUCACUUGCUCAGCUAGAUAGAUGGACUAACAAUGGGGCGAAGAUAUGCCACAGGAUUCCAAAAUAUUCAUUUACUGAUUGACGUAAGAUAAACGUUCAGGCUGUAAUCUGACCUUGGUGGCUUCAGGUAAUGGUUAUCAAUAACGUAUCUUAAAUUGCAAAGUUUGCAGCAUCAGCUGCACAGUUCAGAUGAGAUUGCUCUCUGAUAUAUCGAUCAUUUCUGCAUAAGCUAAACUCUCAUCAUUUCAAUUCCAUGCUGAUACCUACAUGGGCAGCAGAAUAAAGACAGACUAAAACAAGCAAGAGGUUUUCGUUAGUCAGCUGUCCUUCAAAUGUAUUCCAUGGAAAAUUGGAAGCUUUCCAUUAUCUUGUUAAAACUUCUAAGGCCAGAGUGUCCCUCCAAAUAAAAUAUACAACUGUUACUCCUCAGCCACUAGGUGGUAGCGUAACAUAACCCAAUUCCGACAUUGUAGAGAAGGGAGACCAAUUUAUAUUUAACUUCAGACGUUCCCUGAAGCACUGUCGGCAUUCCAGGGAUUCGAUUAUUUGUGAGGAAAUUGGGGUGCUUUUUUUAUUAUAUUCUACUCCGCAGUCAAUAGGAUUUGAAAGAAAUCUAUUAGUGAGCAUUACUUUAAAAUAUAUAUCCUGUUACUUUAGCCACCAUCAAUAUAUCACUGUUUGUGACAUUGCAGAGUGGGACUCUGCAAACAGGCAUUUCCAACAUGAAAGUUUAACUAAAAGAAUAAAACUUAGGAUGCAGAAUUGCGGUGGUGCUUUCAUUAGGACUUCUCUUGGAUUUUGAGGAAUCUAAGCCUGCGAUUGCUGUCACCAGAAUCAGUACUGUUUGAUUUAACCGGUUUUCUCUCUUACCAAUUUGUUAUGUCUAAUCUGCACUAAAGUACUUGGCCCUUGACCUGGGUUUCAUAAUUUAAGAAGGGAACUGACAUAAUUAAUUUUGAAUUAUUAAUUAAAUGGGGAUGGAGUUUUCUUUUGGCCCACUGGCUGAAUGGGAGAAGGAAAGCAAUUCCUCCCAGGUAUACUGCAACACUAACAAGAGCUUCAGUUGCAAAGCUUUAUUUAACACAAGACGUUGACACAAACAUAUCCUUGCUGAAUGCAUUGCAGACUGUGGUGUAGUCUGGGAACUGAGGGUAUAAACCUGUCUAGAUAGUAAUAAUUUUGUUGUUUAAACUUGUUCCUGGCUAUUAGCUGUGUAGCUUGUUUUGGUUACACAUUCAAUCAUCUCCCUUGUACUACUUAUGAGUUUGUUAUCCUUUCUGUUGUGUCCUUUACAUGCUUUCAUUUUGGUAUUUUUUUUCCCCCAAAUGGCUUUGCUUCCUUACAUCGUGAAAUAUGUAUUUGCAAAUUCAGCCAUUGUGUUUUCCUAAAUGAUUUUCCUGAUCCUUUUGUUCUCCAAAGCUUCUGAAUAAAACAGCCUUUGUCCUUGA